CCGCGCUGAAUGUAGGGCCGCGCUCCGCCUGUUCAGCUGGCCGCUGCAAUCUCCGCGGUUUUGGAGGAACUUCGCGGCGGGCUGGGAGGCCCAGCACUGCGGCUGGCAAGAUGAGCUCAGGCACCCCACCUCCGAGCCCCUCUGGCCCACCUCCUCCACCCGCACCACAGCCCCAGGCCCGGGCCCGGCUCAAUGCCACUACCUCACUGGAGCAGGACAAGAUUGAACCGCCUCGUGCUCCUAGACCUCAAGCUGACUCCAGUGCUGGACGAAGUGCUGGGGAAGCAACCACGCCGGAGCCUCGGGCCCCUCACGCCAGCAGCCGAGAAGGGACAGAUAAAGCUGGUCCCAUGAAGGCAGAUGUGGAGAUCCCCUUUGAAGAAAUCCUGGAGAAGGCCAAGGCUGGAGACCCCAAAGCACAGACAGAGGUGGGCAAACACUACCUACGACUUGCCAAUGAUGCAGAUGAAGAACUCAACAGCUGCUCGGCUGUUGCCUGGCUAAUCCUGGCGGCCAAGCAGGGCAGGCGGGAGGCCGUGAAGCUGCUGAGGCGGUGCCUAGCUGACCGGAAAGGCAUCACUUCUGAGAAUGAGGCCGAGGUGAAGCAGCUAUCCUCUGAGACCGACCUGGAAAGGGCAGUGCGCAAGGCUGCCCUGGUCAUGUACUGGAAACUCAACCCCAAGAAGAAGAAGCAGGUGGCUGUGUCUGAGCUGCUGGAGAAUGUCGGGCAGGUCAACGAGCAGGAUGGAGGGGCGCAGCCAGGCCCCGUCCCCAAGUCCCUGCAGAAGCAGAGGCGCAUGCUGGAGCGUCUAGUGAGCAGUGAAUCCAAGAACUACAUUGCUCUGGACGAUUUUGUGGAGCUCACCAAGAAGUAUGCCAAGGGCAUCAUCCCCAACAACCUGUUCCUGCAGGAUGAGGAUGAAGAUGAAGACGAGCUGUCAGGGAAGAGCCCCGAGGACCUGCCACUACGCCAGAAGGUGGUGAAGUACCCCUUACACGCCAUCAUGGAGAUCAAAGAGUACCUGAUUGACGUGGCCUCCAAGGCAGGCAUGCACUGGCUCUCCACCAUCGUGCCCACCCAUCACAUCAACGCCCUCAUCUUCUUCUUCAUCAUCAGCAACCUAACCAUCGACUUCUUCGCCUUCUUCAUCCCCCUGGUGGUCUUCUACCUGUCCUUCGUGUCCAUGGUCAUCUGCACCCUCAAAGUGUUCCAGGACAGCAAGGCCUGGGAGAACUUCCGCACUCUCACCGACCUGCUGCUGCGCUUCGAGCCCAACCUAGACGUGGAGCAGGCGGAAGUGAACUUCGGCUGGAACCACCUGGAGCCCUACAUCCACUUCCUGCUGUCAGUCGUCUUCGUGAUCUUCUCCUUCCCGCUGGCCAGCAAGGACUGCAUCCCGUGCUCCGAGCUCGCCGUCGUCUCCGCCUUCUUCACGGUGACGAGCUACAUGAGUCUGAGCAGCUCCGCCGAGCCCUACACCAGGCGGGCCCUGGUCACCGAGGUGGCUGCUGGGCUGCUGUCCCUUCUGCCCACCAUGCCCGUGGACUGGCCCUUCCUGAAAGCACUCGGCCAGACAUUCUUCACCGUGCCCAUCGGCCACUUCAUCAUCCUCAAUGUCAGCCUCCCCUGCCUGCUCUAUGUCUAUCUCUUUUACCUCUUCUUCCGCAUGGCCCAGCUGAGGAACUUCAAGGGCACCUACUGCUACCUGGUGCCCUACCUGGUGUGCUUCAUGUGGUGUGAACUGUCCGUGGUCAUCCUGCUCCAGUCCACCGGCCUGGGCUUGGUCCGUGCCUCCAUCGGCUACUUCCUCUUCCUCUUUGCCCUCCCCAUCCUGGUGGCUGGCCUUGCCCUCAUGGGCACCGUGCAGUUUGCCCGAUGGUUCCUGUCACUGGACCUCACCAAGAUCAUGGUCACCAUGGUGAUCUGCAGCGUCCCCCUGCUUUUCCGCUGGUGGACCAAGGCCAACUUUUCGGUGGUGGGGAUGGUCAAGUCCCUGACGCGGAGCUCCAUAGUGAAGCUCAUUCUGGUGUGGCUCACGGCCAUCCUGCUCUUUUGCUGGUUCUACGUGUACCGGUCGGAAGGCAUGAAGGUCUACAAUUCCACACUCACCUGGCAGCAAUAUGGCUUCCUGUGUGGGCCACGGGCCUGGAAGGAGACUAACAUGGCCCGGACCCAGAUCCUGUGCAGCCACCUGGAGGGCCACAGGGUCACGUGGACGGGCCGCUUCAAGUAUGUCCGAGUGACCGAGAUCGACAACAGCGCCGAGUCGGCCAUCAACAUGCUCCCGUUCUUCCUGGGCGACUGGAUGCGCUGCCUGUACGGCGAGGCCUACCCAUCCUGUAGCUCUGGUAACACGUCCACGGCUGAGGAGGAGCUCUGCCGUCUCAAGCAGCUGGCCAAGCACCCCUGCCACAUCAAGAAGUUUGACCGCUACAAGUUUGAGAUCACAGUGGGCAUGCCCUUCGGCACCAACGGCAACCGCGGCCACGAAGAAGACGACAUCACCAAGGACAUCGUCCUGCGAGCCAGCAGCGAGUUCAAGGACGUGCUGCUGAACCUGCGUCAGGGCAGCCUCAUCGAGUUCAGCACCAUCCUCGAGGGCCGCCUGGGUAGCAAGUGGCCCGUCUUCGAGCUCAAGGCCAUCAGCUGCCUCAAUUGCAUGACACAGCUGUCCCCUGCCCGGAGGCACGUAAAGAUCGAACAGGACUGGCGUAGCACGGUGCACGGUGCCCUCAAGUUUGCCUUCGACUUCUUCUUCUUCCCAUUCCUGUCUGCCGCCUGAGGAGUGUCUGCCACUGGAGGACGCUUCGGUGCAUGUUGCUGUGAGGUCCUUCCGUUUGGCCACCCAGCCAGCUGGAGCAGUGCCGUGCCUAGCGUGUGCGUGCACGAGUAUGUGCGUGCG